UCCAAACACCCUAGCUAGAACUCCAUAAUCGUACGUUUGACGUUUCAGUGUUGACAUUUUAACAGUUUACUUGAUUCCAAGAGAAUUACUCUUAACCUCUGUAUUAGUUCAUGUUUUAGCUGAUAUUUAGUCAAAGUGAAUAAUGGCUCAACGUUUUCCGGUCCCGGUGCCCACUCAGGGCCCCGGGGGCCCCCCUCAGCAGCGCUAUCCUCCGCCUCAGAACCCGGGGAUGCGUCAGUACGCGAGUCAGAGUUUUCCGCAACGUACUGGUUACAACACGCCGCCCCCGAACAUGGGGGCUAGUGGGGGCGCAAUGAUAGCGCGGCCGCCGCAAGCCCCUUAUUCGCCUAUGCGCGGAGGGCCGAUGCAGCCCCAGCCGGGAGUUAAGCGACCGGUGGACACCAGGACCGUAAUGCAGCAAAAAAGCGAUUACCCCCACGGCACCAGUAAAAAAAAGAAGAAACUCAGCGACAAAAUCCUCCCCCAGAAAGUGCGCGAUUUAGUCCCGGAAAGCCAAGCCUACAUGGACUUGCUGGCUUUCGAAAGAAAACUAGAUUCCACGAUCAUGCGCAAGCGCCUGGACAUCCAAGAAGCGCUAAAACGACCUAUGAAACAAAAGCGGAAACUGCGAAUUUUCAUCUCGAAUACGUUUUAUCCGGCGAAGGAGGCAUGCGCAGAUGGACCUGACGGUCCUGGACAGGAGGGCUCGGUGGCGUCGUGGGAGUUACGAGUCGAAGGGCGUCUUCUGGACGACUCCAAGAGCGACCCCAACAAAGUCAAGAGAAAAUUCUCCUCCUUUUUCAAGUCGUUGGUGAUUGAACUGGAUAAGGAGUUGUAUGGUCCCGAUAACCACCUAGUGGAGUGGCACCGCACCCUCACCACCCAGGAAACCGACGGCUUCCAGGUGAAGAGACCCGGGGAUAAAAACGUCCGCUGCACGAUUUUGCUACUUCUGGACUACCAACCCCUGCAAUUUAAGUUGGAUCCUCGGUUGGCUAGACUGUUGGGGGUCCACACACAGACAAGACCUGUGAUUAUUUCAGCCUUGUGGCAGUAUAUUAAGACACACAGGUUACAGGACGCCCACGAACGCGAGUACAUCGUCUGCGACAAGUACCUAGAACAAAUCUUCGGCUGUCCUAGAAUGAAGUUCGCCGAAAUUCCGCAGCGACUCAACCCGCUCUUGCACCCUCCAGACCCCAUUGUCAUCAAUCACGUGAUUUCGGUGGAAGGGGGCGCCGAGAGCAAGCAGACAGCGUGCUAUGAUAUCGACGUCGAGGUGGACGACACUCUUAAAACGCAAAUGAAUAACUUUUUGCUGAGUACUGCCAGUCAGCAGGAGAUUCAAGGUCUUGAUGCUAAGAUUCAUGAAACUGUGGACACUAUCAAUCAACUUAAGACUAAUAGAGAGUUCUUUUUGAGUUUUGCGAAGGAUCCGCAGCAGUUUAUUUAUAAGUGGAUUGUGUCGCAGACUAGAGAUUUGAAGUGUAUGACUGAUGUGGUUGGUAAUCCUGAGGAGGAACGGCGUUCUGAUUUCUUUUAUCAGCCGUGGGCGCAGGAGGCUGUGUGUAGGUAUUUUUAUACUAAGGUGCAGCAGAAGAGGGCCGAGUUGGAACAAGCGCUUGGGAUUAGGAAUAAUUGAGGAGUUUGGGGAGGAAAAGUAGGUUUUCAAUUUUCGUUUUGUAAUGGAGUGAUCUGUAAGGAUUUUAAUAAAGGCAUUUGUAUACGCA